AAAGAUACAGACAGAGACUAAAAGGGGAGAGAGAGAGAGAGACAGACAGAGAGAGAGAUAGAGAGAGAGAGAGAGAGCGCUCCUGAGCAGGCAACCUGUAUGAACGCAGCUGGACUCUACUGUUUUACACAAUAUGAAGUGUCCAAGUACAGCACAGUAGAUCUGUAGUUUUGACAUGGCCGACAGCAUGAACCAGACAACCACCCAUCAAGCCGUGGGCAGCGAUGGCACUACUUCCCACUAUAUCAAUGCCACCUCCUGGAGGAACAGCACCAGUGUCAGCGGUGGCUUCCAGUCCCCUUUCUCCCCAGCCAUGGACAUGGCCAUCAGCGUCAUCACCAUCAUCAUCCUCUUCAUCACCAUGGUGUCGCUGGGCUGCACCAUGGAGAUCGCCAAGAUCAAGGCCCACAUCCUGCGGCCCAAAGGGGUGGCCAUCGCCGUGGUGGCGCAGUUCGGCAUCAUGCCGCUGACGGCGUUCAGCCUGGCGAAGGCCCUCCAGCUGAACCCCAUCGAAGCCGUCACCGUGCUUAUCUGCGGAUGCUGUCCUGGGGGGAAUCUCUCCAACAUUUUUGCUCUGGCUUUGCAGGGCGACAUGAACCUCAGCAUCGUGAUGACCACGUGCUCCACAGUGUUGGCACUGGUCAUGAUGCCCAUCCUGCUGUACCUGUACUGCAAGGGCUUUGCGCUGGAGAACGCGGUGCCCUACAAGGGCAUCGUCAUCGCUCUUCUCAUGACGUUGGUGCCCUGUGGGGUGGGCAUCGCCAUCAACCACUGGAUCCCUCGCUGGUCCAAGACGAUCAUUAAGAUUGGCCUCAGCAUUCUUCUGAUCGCCUCUAUCGCCAUUGGCGUCAUGUCGGGCAUCACCAUAGGAACGAGUGUGUGGGUGGUGCUCUCGCCCAAACUCAUGGUCGCCGCCUGCCUCAUGCCACUGAUUGGCUAUCUCCUGGGAUUCGUCAUGUCCGGCCUCUGCAAACUAAACGGACAGUGUCAAAGGACCAUUGCCGUGGAGACUGGUUGCCAGAACAUCCAGCUGUGCUCCACCAUUUUGAAAGUGGCCUUCCUCCCUGAAGUGAUCGGGCCGCUCUACCUCUUCCCCCUACUGUACAUCGUCUUCCAGGGAGGGGAGGCCCUUCUGCUGGUCCUCGUCUACAGAUGCUAUCGAAUGUUCCACCCACCAGCUGAAAAACCUUCAUAUUGGGCCGUAAACGGUAAUGUUGAAGCUGUGAAAGUCCCUGCUUGCUGAUGAGAGGACCACUGCACUAUCUGAAAAAGGGAACCAGACGUCACCAUCCAUUCCAUCCAACUGUUCCGCUACAAUGUUCUAUCACACAGAGAUGAGCCCACUUCUGUCAAUCCAACUGUUCCAUCUCGGCCAGACAGAUAUGACUUCACUCCUGUCCAUUCUGAAAGUUCCACCACAGCCAGACACAACCUCUUUAAAGGUGUGUUUCACACACACACACAGAGUGGGUAUAGGCUACACCCAACCCGAACUCCGAAUCCAGUGCAAUGCUGCUGACUCCUGCAUGGACACCGUGACAAGAGGAUAUGUCACAAAACCCGACCAAUCAGAACUGACAGCUGCUUCAAAUCCAUGGUAUUCUGAACCAUAGCCAACGAGAAGCACACGGAGAGCAUGAUUACACAGAGUUAGACUCAGACUCUUACUGCUCAACUCACGAUUAUGAAGCCUGAGAAAGCAAAUUCACUUGUGCACAAUUAACCUACAUACUGAUGACUGAUCCCCAUCCAGUGGUGAUGGAAAGGCUAUGUCUAUGCACUUAGAGGGCCCUACUACAAUGCAAGAUCUGCUGAGAACGAAGCCACAGGUCUGUAUAAAUGUGGCUUAUAAAGGCAAACAGGUGUAAACAUUCUAUAUGGUAAUCUUUAAACCAUAACAAAUUGUGAGCAAAAGGGCAAUUGCCAGAACUUUUGCCAUUGCCUCUUUAGGAUUUUGCUCAACAGAAAGCACAAUCUGAGUCAGAUUCAUUGAGUUGAUGCUGGCUAGCCUAGUUUUUUUGUGUAGCCUACA